UUGGCACAACUUGGACGAGAAGAAAAACAUGGCGUUGAGUUCAAUUAUUCUCGGGCUCAUUUUGGUUCCUUACUGCCUCUCGCUGAAACCACCGGCAGGAGGAAUACAGGAUCGAAAACCUGAUGACCCAGACGUCCUUGAUGCGCUUGAUUUUGCCAUGAACGAAUUCAACGCUAUGCAGAACAACUUGUAUCGCCUGAUGUCGACUAAAGUAAAGGACGCUACUGUCCAGGUUGUUGCUGGCCAAAAGUUCUGUAUUGUCUCAGAGGUUGGCAUUUCCCGAAGUUGCCGUAAUGAUGAGAGUCACAAGUCAGCCUCUCUGGACCUCUGCCCUGUUGACACACUGGAGAUGCAGUGUAGAUUUGUGGUUAACAGCGUCCCAUGGGAGAAGCGCAAAGAUCUUAUCAGCCACGAGUGUGUCGGUUUGGAGGAAAAGAUCAUGUCCUGUGAGCGGAGCCAGCCUUCUAAAGCAGCAUCCAAAGCUGAUGAAAGUAACUUUGUAAUAGAUUUUGAAGCAGAAUCAAAGCCAAAACCUUCCAUAGGCAACAGUGAUGCACUUGAGACAUUCCACAAGUUUGUCAUUAAACACAAGAAGUCCUAUCUAACAGAUAAGGAAGAAUACAAAAAACGCUUUGCAAUUUACCAGGACAACUUGGUCAGAGCACGAAAGGUGCAGGAUAUGGAGCAAGGUUCUGCUAAAUAUGGCGAGACAGUGUUCAGUGAUUUAACAGAGGAGGAAUUUAAGAAGAAUUACCGCAUGCCUAGUUGGGGAAAGCCACAGUAUGAAAUGAAGCAAGCUGAUAUUCCCAAGGGAGACAUUCCAACAGCAUUUGAUUGGAGAGACAAAGGUGCUGUAACUCCAGUAAAGAAUCAGGGUAUGUGUGGUUCAUGCUGGGCUUUCUCCACAACUGGAAAUAUUGAAGGACAGUGGAAAAUCAAGAAAGGAGAACUUGUCUCCCUCAGUGAACAAGAACUUGUUGACUGUGAUAAAGUUGAUCAAGGCUGCGACGGUGGACUGCCAUCCACCGCUUACAAGCAAAUCAUGAAACUUGGUGGACUGGAGACAGAAAAAAUGUAUCCUUAUGAAGGAGCUGAUGAGAAAUGCAAGUUUGCAAAGUCAGAAGCUGUUGUGUACAUCAAUGGGUCUGUUGCGAUAUCUAAAGACGAAAAUGAAAUGGCUGCAUGGCUGGUGAAGAAUGGACCAAUAUCCAUUGGAAUUAAUGCAAACAUGAUGCAGUUUUACUUGGGGGGAGUUGCUCACCCAUGGAAGAUGUUUUGUAACCCUGCUUCUCUGGACCACGGUGUGCUGAUUGUGGGCUAUGGUGUCAAGCACAGCUGGCUAUGGGGGGAUGAACCAUACUGGAUCAUCAAGAACAGUUGGGGUGAAAGCUGGGGUGAACAGGGAUACUACUUGAUCUAUCGCGGAGAUGGUAGCUGUGGUUUGAACACCAUGUGUACCUCCGCCGUCGUAGAAUGAGCAGCUCUCAGGUUUUGCAUGAAGGCGAUCAGGACACUAUACCUAUGUCAUACCUGAUUUGACUUUGAACAUGUAUAAUCAAUAUUUUACAUUUUUCGUAGCUACAAGCUUUUACUGGUAAAAGAUUAAUUUUUUUUUUUAAUUUUUAACUCGUUUUAUUGCCCAAUCGCGCAGUUUUUCACAUGUCUAGCACUUGACUAACUUUUAUCCGAAAAACUCAAAUCAAAUCCUCCCAAAAAGGCGUGGUAAGAAAUUUUUCGAAAUUUUACUGUAAGAUUUGGAAUGUAAAAAGAUAGAGUUAUUGUCCAGCUUAAAAUUCGGGAAAUGGCUUUUUAAGCUUGGUAUAGAGGGUCAAUUUUUUUAAGGAGUUGAUGUUUGGUUAAAGAUGGUUUGAUAACGGUCUAUUUGACAUCCAAACUUAGUGGUUAGAUUUUUAGUGAUUUAUUCUCCGAAAUUUUUAAGUAUGUUUUAGCUGAGCCAUGCAACUGGCUCUGUAGUGAGGGAUAGAGAAUUUAUAGCCUUUUUAAAGAUAUUAAAUAGUGU